UGCAAAUGGAUAAGGCACUAUCACGAGAGUCUGUUUUAGGGGUAUUACAGUAUAUUUGCACUGAUGUUGUUUUACAGAUGUUUGGAAUACAGGGUACCAGUGCUAAAGGAUAUGAAUAUCUCACCACCGGGCUGUUAUAGACUUUCAGCUGACUAUAUAAUUUAUCGACCUGUCACCUGUGAAGGAAGACAGUCCUAUAUAUAGCUCGGCGGUCAGUGUCGUUCAGCAGUCAGAGAGAUCACCACAGAGCGAUCACUUAGUAACGGACGGCAGUAUCAACAUGAAGAAGUAAACGUUGUGACUGGAUUGUCCAAGCUCACCUAACAUCGAACUAUGUGUUGAAGAUAUUUCCCAAGUCGACAUAUUUGAUAAUUUUACGGACGCAUUUCAACCAUGAACAAGUGAGAUACGAAUCACGAUGGUGGGCUACUAGGAAGUGACAGUAACACCGUGGACACAGUAUGCAGACCCAGUAGUGCAGUAAUUCCCCGGCAGUUUCCACAUAAACCCGCGGGAUUCCUACAUAUCAAUUUGUGGGGCAGAUUGUGGCGAUGACGCGACGAGUCUGUCCUGUGAAGAUGGGAGGGAUGACAAUAUGUCAUCCACCAAUUUACCUCCACGAUGGCUUCAGUGGAGGUGGCCAGGCACUUCGGGCGACCGAAGCUGUCCUGUCGUAUCCUCUUCAAGUCCUGGUUCCAGACCGAGGAAUCUCAAUGCGGCCAUGAUCGACAACAGGCAGACUGUAAUGUGAUUGGCUCAGCCACACCUGAGGAUCAACCGAGCCCCAGUGCCGAGAUGACCUCUCCAGUGAGAAGCCUCGAGGAGGCUCCAGGGAUAUCAGAAGAUGUCAUGGGAGGUGAAGGGGUACAGAUGGCAACUCCCGGCUUACGGCAAGUCCCAGACAGCGGGACUUCCUGUGGGCCUCACAGACGGGGAUGGGGACACAAUAUGGUAUUCACACAAUGCGGCCAUGAUCGACAACAGACACACCGUAAUGUGAUGGGCUCAGCCACAUCUGAGGACCAACCGAGCCCCAGUGCCGAGAUGACCUGUCCAAUGAGGAGUCUCGAGGAGGCUCCAGGGAUAUCAGAAGAUGUCAUGGGAAGUGAAGGGGUACAGAUGGCAACGCCCGGCUUACGGCAAGUCCCAGACAGCGGGACUUGCUGUGGGCCUCACAGACGGGGAUACAAUAUGAUAUUCUCACAACCUCCUGGUGUUUCCUCAGCUCUAUGUAUCUCUAACCUUGGUGAAUUUGCCCCUGUCAACAUUGCGGACACAAAUACCAUCGAUGACGGUGAUGUAUCCUCAAGCCACCCAGGUAUUCUGGAUCUGAUGAAUUUGCUGUUAGGGUUUGGCGUUCAGUCCAAACCGGUUCCAUACAAACCCCGGAGAGACAGGCACGUCUGUACAGGUGAGGUUUUCUGCAAGAACUUGUUUCUCAAAGAUAGAAGAGGUCAUUUUUACUUGGUUAUCUGUGACGAACAAAAUGAUCUGGAUUUGAAAAGACUUCGGCUCAAGCUAAAAGCUUACAGGAAUUUUUCUUUCGGGUCACAAGACGAAAUGGCAGCCAUCUUACAUGUUUCGGCGGGCGGUCUGACACCAUUCGCUCUGAUGCAUGGAAGCGCACGUGAUGUUCGUGUUGUCAUGACUAAAGACCUCACAACUGAUAAAGAAGCUCUGUUGAAUUUCCACCCACUUGAUGCAAAUCUUACACUACCCGUAAGACUUACUCACCUGAUUAAAUUUCUGGAUCACUUCAGAUUUCAGCUCGAUAUUGUUGAUAUGUCCUGCUAAACGUCAGAUCGCCGUAUACAUAUUGAAAACUGGAAUGGCACUGUGCAGUUUAAUACAAUCCUAUACACAGACAUUGCUAUUUUCUGUGGGGUUUUAGGAAAAAAUGUCCUGGGAAAAAAAGUCAUGGAUUUGGAUUGGAAAAUAAGUCAUA